AACCAGCCCCUCCAAAAUCGCUGUUUGCUGUCAACAAGACUCAGACCUCCGUGACUCUGCUGUGGGUGGAAGAAGGAGUGGCUGAUUUUUUUGAAGUCUACUGCCAGGAAGCUGGAUCUGGUCAGGAAACAAAAGUCCAGGAACCUGUCACUGUCUCUUCACACGUAGUGACCAUUUCCAGCCUAACCCCUGCCACUUCCUACAACUGCAGUGUGACCACCUUCAGCCACAAUAGCCCCAGCGUCCCCACUUUCAUUGCAGUUUCCACCAUGGUCACCGAGAUGAAUCCCAAUGUAGUGGUAAUCUCUGUGUUAGCCAUCCUAAGUAUCCUUCUGAUUGGACUGCUGCUGGUGACUCUUGUUGUACUCAGGAGAAAACAUCUACAAAUGGCCAGGGAGUGCGGGGCUGGAACCUUUGUCAAUUUCGCUUCUUUAGAAAGAGAUGGAAAGCUUCCCUAUAAUUGGCGUAGAAGUGUAUUUGCUUUCCUAACUCUGCUACCCUCAUGCCUUUGGACUGAUUAUCUUUUGGCAUUUUAUAUUAAUCCUUGGAGUAAAAAUGGGUUAAAGAAGAGAAAGCUGACCAACCCUGUCCAGUUGGAUGAUUUUGAUGGAUACAUCAAGGAUAUGGCCAAAGAUUCAGAUUAUAAAUUUUCUCUGCAAUUUGAGGAGCUAAAACUGAUUGGGCUUGACAUACCUCACUUUGCUGCUGAUCUUCCCAUGAAUCGCUGUAAAAAUCGCUACACAAAUAUCCUGCCAUAUGAUUUUAGUCGUGUCCGGUUAGUUUCAAUGAAUGAAGAAGAGGGAUCUGACUACAUUAACGCCAACUACAUUCCUGGUUAUAAUUCACCCCAGGAAUACAUUGCAACCCAAGGGCCACUGCCAGAAACUAGGAAUGAUUUUUGGAAGAUGGUUCUCCAGCAAAAAUCUCAAAUUAUUGUUAUGCUUACUCAGUGUAAUGAGAAAAGAAGGGUGAAAUGUGAUCAUUACUGGCCUUUUACAGAAGAUCCUGUUGCAUAUGGGGACAUCACAGUGGAGAUGCUGUCCGAGGAGGAGCAUACAGACUGGGUUUAUAGGAAUUUCCGAAUUAGCUAUGCUGAUGAGGUACAAGAUGUGAUGCAUUUUAACUACACUGCCUGGCCAGAUCAUGGUGUCCCCACCACCAACGCUGCCGAAAGCAUCCUCCAGUUUGUACAGAUGGUCAGGCAGAAAUCAGCAAAGAGUAAAGGCCCCAUGAUCAUACACUGCAGUGCUGGAGUGGGACGAACAGGAACCUUCAUAGCCCUGGAUCGGCUCUUACAGCACAUCCGUGAUCACGAGUUCAUAGACAUAUUGGGACUGGUGUCUGACAUGCGGUCCUACAGAAUGUCCAUGGUGCAGACAGAGGAACAAUACAUUUUUAUUCACCAGUGUGUGCAACUGAUGUGGCAAAAGAAGAAGCAGCAGUUCUGCAUCAGUGAUGUCAUAUAUGAGAACGUCAGCAAGUCCUAGUCCAAAGUCACAGGUGGUGAGACCAUGAAGCACACCCAUCUUCCCUUGCUUCUGAUUUUUUUUCUUUUGAUAGUUUGAACGGCCAGUUGUUCUGCCACAAGAGACCGCUGCUUUGCAGUACAUGGACAAUGAAAGAAAGAAACUUUUAACUUCCUGAAGCACUGGGAAGACAAAGCCUUAACGAGCCUGCGGUGUCUUUUGAACUGUUU